CAGUGCUUCCAACUGCUUCCAUCUUUGACAUAACUUCGAGAACUGUCAAACGUCAAGAUCAGAUGAUUCAGUUAUGCCGGACAUGGAAGCCGAUGAUCGAGAGAAAAACGAUAAUUAUUAUCUGGAGUUGUCCCCUGAACCUAUUAGAUUUGAAUCAGUCAGCUGUCUCACAAAUGUGUUUUUCGAUGACUCGAAACAACAAGUGUUUGCCGUUCGCUCAGGCGGUGUCACAGGAGUGCUCGUUAAGGGCCCGGACCAGAACUUAAAUUUUCGUAUGGAAGAUCGAGGUCCGGUGAUAUCCAUCAAAUUCUCUCCUGACAUGAAUAUUCUUGCGAUCCAACGUACUAAUUCAUCAGUGGAAUUUGUUAAUUACUCUUCUGUCUCUGGUUUGGAUCAUGUCGAAUAUUCUCAGCCAUGCAAAGGCAAAAAUGCCACAAUACUUGGCUUUGUUUGGACACAUGGCACUGAAAUACUUGUAAUCACAGAUCACGGAGUAGAAUUGUUUCAUGUUAAUCCAGAAAAACGUAAUGUUAAGGCAUUAAAGUGUUUAAGCUUAGGUGUAAAUUGGUACGUAUUCUGCCCUAGAAGUUAUUUGGUGUUACUAUCAUCUGGCACAGUUGGCAAUCAGAUACAAGCAUUGCAUAUUACAUCCGGAAAUAUUCAUAAACUAACCAAGUUUGAGAUUGAACAUAGUAUAACAAAGCCAGGGAAGUUAGCUGUUUCUGAAAGAGAUGUAGCACUGGCUGUGUUAUAUGGAACACCUUGCAUAAUUUUGUUGAGGCAUCAUAUUGGAGCCAAUCGCUCAAUGGGAACAGCAUUUGUAUAUGUUUAUACUAUACACAAAAUGAUGACCAUUAAAAAGAGUCAUAUGUUGAAACUAGAUGUUGGUGGCAGAUUUGCCAUAAAUGUUGUUGAUAAUCUCAUCAUCGUUCAUCAUCAAGCAUCAAAGACAUCAAUGAUAUUUGAUAUUAUGCUAUCUGGAGUGAGUGAUGGGACAGUAAUGCAUCACACUAGUGUAGCUGCAGCAAAACCGAUCAAACCGUUUAAUCUUAAGGUACCAGGCGCGACUUUAUCGGAUCAGACGUAUCAGCCAUGUCAGUUAUAUUCUCCUAAUUGGGUCGUUUUUCAACCAAAUAUAAUUAUUGAUGUGAAACUAGGCUGUUUAUGGUACAUUGAGCUCAGAUUGGAAGCCUUAGUGAAAUUGAUUACGGAUAAAGUAGUUCUCGUGGAAUUUCUGAUGCAACGGUCGAACGCUAAGCAGAUAUUAAUACAAGUCUUGCAAAGUUUUAUGACGCAGUUGCCCGUAAGCCUAAUGGACAUGCCGACCAUAUUCGACAAGCUCAACUCCGUGUAUAGAAAUUAUUUGGAGAGCGAAAUACAAAAUCAGAUAGGAACACCUCUGCAGAAUAAUGUAAAGAACGUAACAACAGUGGCUGAGAAUUUCAAAUAUAAAUUGUUACUCGAUCAGAGUGACAUGUAUAGUCACAUAUUAUCCAAGUUUCCCGAAGACACGAUAGAGCCAAAAAUGAUAGUGUGGGUUUUACUCGAGUAUAUCAGAUCAUUAGCCGAACACGGAAUUCCGGUGCAACAUUAUCUGCACGAAUUGGUCAUUACAACACUGGUGCACCAAAAAGCGUACUAUCAGCUUCAUCAAUUAUUGCAAUACCAUGUGGUCGCCGAUUCGAAGCCUCUGGCUUGCUUGCUGCUUUCGUUAGAAAAUUUAUAUCCGGCAGCGCAUCAGUUGGCGUUGGAUAUGCUCAAGCGGCUGGGUAAUGCGCACGAGGAGAUAAUCGAAGUGCUCUUGUCGAAGGGACAUAUCUUAGCCGCUUUACGGUACAUUCGGUCAGUCGGAAUGGUGGAUCAAGUAUCCGCGAGAAAAUUUUUAGAAGCGGCUAAAGCCACCGAUGACGCGACGCUCUUUCACUCGGUCUUCAAAUUCUUCGAGCAGCGAAACUUGAGGCUGCACAACACCACGGCCUUCACCAGGGGAGAACAUUGUCAGCCGUAUGUGCAGCAUUUCAAGUAUCUAUUUCAAGGAACGGACAACGACUGCAAUUCGGACACGAAUUCGAAUGUUACUACUAUUUCUUCAUAAAAUGAAGCGUUUGUGUAACGCAAUAAAAACAAAAAGAUGAAACAAACAAAAAUCCGAUCAACACGUCA